CAAUAUGAUUAUCGAAGCAGUCCUAGCAGGAGGAUCCUGGGUGACUGUUUUUCUAUCCUUCUGUCUACUAUCUCUUUUCUCGACCCUGCUAGUGCAACGUGGAAAAUUUCUACAUGACUUGAGGAACGUGCCUUAUCCUACUGCAUUGCCUAUCAUAGGUAAUGCUUAUCAACUCAACUGCACUCAAGAAGAAUUCUUCCAGAAGUUGAUAAAAUGGGCAUACAAAUUUGGUGAUAUUUAUCUAGUCUGGGUCGGUCUACGGCCUUUUAUCUUCCUUUAUAAAGUAGAGGCUGUACAACCUCUACUUAGCAGCAGCAUACAUAUCGAUAAAAGUCUAGAGUAUCAAUACUUGAAGCCUUGGUUAGGUACAGGCCUGGUAACCAGCAAUGGUGAGAAAUGGCACUUUCGCAGGAAGCUGUUGACACCGACCUUCCACAGCGGCCUCCUGGAAACAUACUUGAAAACCGCGAAAGAAGAAACAAACGUCCUAAUUUCUUGCCUCAGGAAUGAAGUGGACAAAUGGUUCGACAUUGUUCCUUUUGCAAAGCGUGCCGCUCUUGAUAUUAUAUGUGAUACUGCGAUGGGUUAUAAGCUCAACUCGCAAAGGAACUGCGAAGUCUGCUAUGUCAAUGCUGUAAACAAGAUUGCGUCUAUUGUCCAGAUGCGCUUCACAAAUGUAUGGUUAACAUUCGAUUCAAUUUUUAAGUUAACUAAAACAGGACAUGAGCACGACGAGUCCAUUCGAAUUAUACAAAAGUUUGUCAACAAGGUAAUUGCAAAAAGAAAGGCCGAAUGGAAACUCCAAUGCGAUGACAACUUCAACGAUUCAACGAAGAAGAGACGUGCUCUCCUGGAUUUAUUAUUGGAAAUGUCACAUAACGGCACUGUUCUGUCGGAUGAAGAUAUUUGUGAAGAAGUGAAUACUUUUAUGUAUGCUGGACAUGAUACACUGUCCACCAGUAUAUCGUGGGCAUUGUAUGCGCUAGGACGACACCCCAAAUACCAGGAAAAAAUUUUAAAGGAAUACAACGAUGUACUGGGUACAGAUGAAAUUACAUUGGAGAAUAUACAAAAAUUAACAUGGUUGGAUGCUUGCAUCAAGGAGCAGUGGAGAUUAUAUCCUGUGGCCCCGCUUAUAGCAAGGCAAAUUUACAAACCGAUUGAAAUAAUGGGCAAUCAAAUUCCACCUGGCUCGACAGUUCUUGUCAACUCCUAUUUGCUACAUCGUGACGACCGUUACUUCCCCGAGCCGCAUGUUUACCGUCCAGAACGAUUCUUAUCUGAUGGUCCUAAGUUACCUCCUUACGCUUUUAUCCCGUUCAGCGCUGGCUCGCGUAAUUGCAUCGGCUGGAAAUUCGCCACAUUAGUGAUUAAAGUGGCCAUCUUAUCCCUGAUAAAAGCUUUUCAUGUGGAGGCUCUUGAUAAAGAGGACCAAUUGCGUUUUAUAUCCGAAUUGGUGUUGGUCAACGCAAACGGAAUUCGUCUUAAAAUCACGCCGCGUGAACGCGAAGAUUCUUCUUCUGUGUCCUAAAAUGGAUUUCCAACUAUAAUCCAAUAAUUAGGAAUACGCGUACCACAAUUGACUUGGGAUUAUAAGAUCCACUAAAUAUUACCUCCUCGGGGUGUAGGGAGAUUCUGUAUUG